UCCUGCGCGCAAUCCAGCAGCAACCACCGCAUCACCACGACGAUCCCCCAAGGCGCGAACCACGCCGGCACGCCGAGCAUGCGGAUCGCACACCGUCACCCCGGCGCGAGGAUCGACGCGAGCAGCGGCGCGCGCGCAAACAUGACGAGGACAGACGACGCGAGGGUUACGAACACGAGGAAGAUUUCGAUCAGCGGUCACAGGCGUCCACCUACCGAGAACAGCUAAAGCCCGACAAGCUGAGGUUCGUAAUGUCUAUCUUCACGGGUAGUGAUCCGGAGGCGUGGCUCAACCGUAUUGCGCAAUACUUCGAGCUGAAUGAAACAGAAGGUCACGAUCGAGUAAGGUACGCACCAUUCAAUCUGGAUGGAGAGGCCAACGUGUGGUGGCAAUGGCUCUCAAGGAUCUACCGUAGGCGGCAACAGGUCAUUACAUGGACUGACUUUGAGAGAGAUUUGCUGAAACGAUUUGGUACGUCCAAUUACCAUAACUACAAUGAGGCCCUCGCACGAAUACGACAGACAGGCAAUUUGCGUGAAUACAUUAAGGAGUUUGAACGACUAGCCUGCCGCGUGCGAGAUUGGUCUGAGGAUGCGCUAGUAGGAGCCUUCAUAGGUGGUAUGAGAUUCGAUCUAGCCGCAGAAGUCCGACUGGAGCGACCAGACACGAUGCAUAACGCCGUGGAUGUAGCCCGUCGACGAGAAGACCAUCUGGUCGCUACGCGAAGAGGGCUGGCGGAUGUGCGAUUCACGGACGCGCGGCGUGUUGGUGUUAUAUACUUAAGCUUUGCUUUA